UGGCAACACACCCAUUGCAGUGUGGGGAACUCACCUAGACCUGAUCCAAAACCCUCAGAUCCGGGCAAAGCAUGGUGGAAGGGAACAUGUCAACAACUGCGAGGUGCAGAACAGCACCGAGAUGACCUGCCAGGCUCCAGCAUUGGCUGUUGACCCCAAUCACCAGUCUGAGCUUGCUGAGCGUCCAGAGGAGUUUGGCUUCAUUCUUGACAACGUGCAGUCCCUGCUGAUUCUCAACAAAACCAACUUCACCUACUACCCAAACCCAAUCUUUGAGGUUUUCAAUCCCUCAGGGAUCCUGGAGCUGAAGCCGGGAAGUCCCAUCAUCCUGAAGGGCAAGAACCUGAUCCCACCAGUUGCAGGAGGGAACGCCAAGCUGAACUACACCGUUUUGGUUGGUGAGAAGCCCUGUGCAGUGACUGUAUCAGAUGUGCAGCUGCUGUGUGAGUCCCCAAACCUCAUUGGACGGCACAAGGUGAUGGCUCGUGUAGGAGGGAUGGAGUUCUCCCCAGGGAUGGUCUACAUCUCUCCAGACAGCCCUCUCAGCUUGCCAGCUAUUGUCAGCAUUGCAGUGGCUGGUGGCCUGCUCAUCAUCUUCAUCGUGGCUGUGUUGAUUGCGUACAAGCGCAAAUCCAGAGAAAGCGACCUCACACUCAAGCGUCUGCAGAUGCAGAUGGACAACCUGGAGUCCAGGGUGGCACUGGAGUGCAAAGAAGCCUUUGCAGAGCUACAGACAGAUAUUCAUGAGCUGACGAGUGAUCUGGAUGGAGCGGGGAUCCCCUUCCUCGACUACCGAACCUAUACCAUGAGGGUGCUUUUCCCUGGCAUUGAAGAUCAUCCAGUUCUGAGGGAUCUGGAGGUCCCUGGCUAUAGGCAGGAACGGGUGGAGAAAGGCCUGAAGCUCUUCGCCCAGCUCAUCAACAACAAGGUUUUCCUCCUGUCCUUCAUCCGCACGCUGGAGUCCCAGCGCAGCUUCUCCAUGCGGGACCGUGGUAAUGUGGCCUCACUGAUCAUGACGGUGUUACAGAGCAAGCUGGAAUAUGCUACUGAUGUCCUCAAACAGCUCUUGGCUGACCUCAUAGACAAAAAUCUGGAGAGCAAGAACCACCCCAAGCUGCUGCUCCGGAGGACAGAGUCCGUGGCUGAAAAAAUGCUCACCAACUGGUUCACCUUCCUUCUAUACAAGUUCCUCAAGGAGUGUGCUGGUGAACCUCUAUUCUCCCUCUUCUGUGCCAUCAAGCAGCAGAUGGAAAAGGGUCCCAUCGACUCGAUCACUGGGGAGGCCCGGUACUCACUGAGUGAGGACAAGCUUAUCCGACAGCAGAUUGAUUACAAGACAUUGGUCCUGAGCUGCGUGAACCCUGACAACGUGAACAGCCCUGAGAUCCCGGUGAAGAUCCUGAAUUGUGACACCAUCACGCAGGUCAAGGAGAAAAUCCUCGAUGCCAUCUUCAAGAAUGUGCCCUGCUCCCACCGGCCCAAAGCUGCGGAUAUGGACUUGGAGUGGCGGCAAGCAAGCGGGGCAAGGAUGAUCCUGCAGGAUGAAGACAUCACAACCAAGAUAGAGAAUGACUGGAAGAGACUCAACACACUGGCACACUAUCAGGUGCCAGAUGGAUCUGUGGUAGCUUUAGUCUCCAAGCAAGUCACUGCCUACAAUGCAGUCAACAACUCCACGGUCUCCCGGACCUCAGCCAGCAAGUACGAAAACAUGAUCCGUUACACAGGCAGCCCGGAUAGCCUCCGCUCCCGCACCCCCAUGAUCACCCCUGACCUUGAGAGUGGAGUCAAGAUGUGGCACUUGGUGAAGAACCAUGAGCAUGGUGACCAAAAAGAGGGUGACCGGGGCAGCAAGAUGGUUUCUGAGAUCUACCUGACGAGGCUACUUGCCACCAAGGGCACCCUCCAGAAAUUUGUAGAUGACCUUUUUGAGACCAUCUUCAGCACUGCUCACCGUGGCAGUGCACUUCCCCUGGCUAUCAAAUACAUGUUCGACUUCCUGGAUGAGCAGGCUGACAAGCACAACAUCCAUGACCCCCACGUGCGGCACACCUGGAAGAGCAAUUGCCUGCCAUUACGGUUCUGGGUUAACAUGAUCAAGAACCCGCAGUUCGUCUUCGACAUCCACAAGAACAGCAUCACAGAUGCCUGCCUCUCUGUAGUGGCUCAGACUUUCAUGGACUCCUGUUCGACCUCAGAACACCGUCUGGGCAAAGACUCACCCUCCAACAAGCUUCUCUAUGCCAAGGACAUCCCCAGCUAUAAGAACUGGGUGGAAAGGUACUAUUCAGACAUCGCCAAAAUGCCAGCAAUCAGUGACCAGGACAUGAAUGCAUACUUGGCUGAGCAGUCUCGCAUGCAUAUGAACGAGUUCAACACAAUGAGUGCGCUCUCAGAGAUAUACUCCUACGUUGGCAAGUACAGCGAGGAGAUUCUCGGAGCCCUUGAUCAAGAUGACCAGGCUGGGAAACAGAAACUUGCCUACAAACUUGAACAAGUCAUAGCCCUCAUGAGCAUAGACAGCUGA